CGUUUUUUUUUUCUUUCACUUUUUGCCAUUGUAUAUAUCCUUUGAUCUAUCGUGUGUGGGCUUUGUUUUUUUCUUCUUCUUUCUCGUUUCAUCUUGCUUUCAGAUCUUUCUCAUCAUAUUCACCGUUUUAACAUCUCGUUCUAUCUCUUUUUUUUCGGUGUCGUUGUUUUUUCCUUUUUCUGAUUCUAUAUUCUGUCUAAUUAUUCCUCUCCAUGGUCUCUACCUGAUCGUUGCAAACACGCGUUAUAAAAACUAACCCACCCACCCCUCACCCACUCCAUCUAACCUAGAAAGAUAUACUCCCGUUUUUACUUGUAAUCUUUUCAGCCUCUAUUCUGUUUAUAUUUAUUCGUACAUAGCAUGACCUUAUCACACCAACCACUGUCGCUUCUCGCUCGUCCCACUUCACCGACCUCCAUCGCACUGUCACCACCCUCAUCGCUUCCCAGUUCACCACGCCAUGUCACUGCAUCUGCUCCUUCCACUUUCACAUCGCACUUUGUCCAAGCGCUUCACGACUUCUUUCCUAACAAUGCACCCUCCGAUAAUGUGUCGUGUCUUUUUUUCCGCCGAGGCGCUAUCAUCGAAGUACUCAAUCGAGACGAAUCAGGGUGGUGGGAUGGACAGCACGACGGUUGUCGAGGAUGGUUUCCUAGCAACUACGUGGGCGUGAUUGGCGAAGCGAGUCGUCACAGUAUCGAUUACGAAGAAGAUGGAUCCAAGGAUGUUCUUCAGUUUGAACACUGGCGCCAACACAUGGCUCAGCUCAGUGGAGAGGAGAUCACUCCAUCGUCCAUGUCGGGUUGGGAUUCAAAGAUCUCCCAAUCAGUGUCCGAAUCCCCAACCGUGCAAGGUCAUGGACCUUUGACUCAAACCCUGAUCCACGGCCAUCCUUCAUCCACCACCAAGGACCCUGCGGCCUCGAUCGAAUCGACCGAUCCCUCCCAUCUUUUGGAAGAUGUGGCCAAAGAAAUUGCAUUACUCGUGGACGCUUGUUCCACCGGGGAUCCGUCCAAUAUUAAACUGUGUAAUUUUCAAGUCAUUUCCGCUGUUCGAUCCGUCUUGGCAUCGGCUCACGCUGUAAACAAAGACAGUCCUGUUCUCAAGGCGUUUCCCGAAUUAGCUCGCCAACGCAAAGUCGUACUUGGUGCACUCAGUAAAUUAGUACUCAAAGGAAAAGACUUGCAAGCCGACGAUUCGCACAUCGAUAAGAUGAUCGAACAAGUGUGCUCCUUAGCCCAUCAACUGCUGUCGGAAAUGAAUACUUUUGAAACGAUCGCCCAAACUGUUCCCUCGCACCAUCACCACCCUCACGAUGAAACCACCGAUAUCACGGGAUCUACAACAGAACAACAACACCAACAACAGCAAGACGAUGUGUCUCCGCGCGUGUCGAUGAUGUCGUUUACGUCGAGCGCAUCUGUUUCCACAACCUCCUUACGACAACAGCUCCUGGAUGCAAGGCUAUCGAGUGCUUCUCUGAUUGCAAAAGCAGUCCCUCUUUGUGAUGCGCAGCAUAUAUUGCAGACGAUUUUGGAUCAUCAGCACACCAUUGACACCCUCAUGCAGGGAUUGCUUCACACCAUUGAACAUUUUAUCGGCAGCCGACACCGCGCCACGGAUAUGCUGGAAAUGACCCGGAAAGCCGUGGAAGCCGUUCGUACCUUUCUUGCCGUCGUGGAACAUGUGUGUUCCAAUAUCGGCGAACUUGACUACAAGCACUGUUCCAUUAUCCCUGAAGAUCCUCAUUUGGUUGCCUUGGUGCUUGCUAAAGAGGCCGUGUACAGUGCGAUCACGAAUCUUGUCACAGCCGUACGAGCCUUGGCCGGGCCACGUGAUAUGCAGACACCCGAUGAUUGCGAACAGUUACGAAUAAGUUGCGAAAACGUGGUUCGUACCACCCACGAAUGUGCUGCGUGUGUCAAGACAUGUUUGCACGUUGAUCCUGCCGAAACCGGGGACAUGCAAGAUGAUGUGCGCGCCAUGCGCGAUAAGCUUCAGGACUCGGUCGAUACACGUCGUCACCAAACUCUUAGUAUUCUUGGACGCAAAGUCACCAGUUUGAACGUUCUUCAGUCUCAAUAUGACGACGAUGCCACCAGUUCCUCCGACAGCAGCACAUCCUCCAUGUCACCCCAAGACGAAAUCUCACUUAACAACAAGUCGUCGUCCUCGUCGUCGGUUUCUCAUUCCCAUCUGCCUCCUUCGCGCGUCACGCAUGCCGACGAUGAUGUGGACGAAAACCAGCCUUUAGCCACCCUAGCCGGCAAACACCAUUCUCGACCUACCGAAAAGGACGUGGAAAAGUUGGAGAUUGGCCACUAUUCACCUGGUAGAAACGACGACUCUGAUGCCAGCAAACCGCCAUUUUCGACGCUUUAUUCUCAUCAGGAAGAUGUGUUUGCAGAGCAACAACAAGACGAUAAUGAUGACCACGAUGAUGUCGAUGACGAUCAUGAUGAGGAAGAGAUGGGUUCAUGCCAAGGUGAACCAGUGGCAGAGCGUCAGCGUAUUCGCAGCAGCCCAUCCGAGACCCAUCCACCACGUACGUCGAGGAAGGAUCGGCCCACAUCGAAAUCAAGUCGUCACAAGCUCUCGCGUUCUGAAACCGUACGUCGCUCCAGUACCACGGCAGCUCGAUCGUCGGUGGAAUCUAUCAAUGUGACUCCCAUGAGUACACCUGAAUCAAUGAGUCCUGUCAAAGAGUGCGAUGGCGACAAUCCCAUCGGGUCUCUUCCACCAUGUUUACCGCAUCGAGGAUCCGUGCAUGCCAUCACCGCCCGGCCGCGUGCAUCAUCCAUUAACGCUUUACAGUCAGCUUCCAAUGGCACAUUCCCUUUACCUCCUAGCCCCCAUCCGCAUCCUGCCGGCACUCGCGAUCUUCGACUCUCUGUUUCCAAAUCCACACCAACCGUUGACCCUGCGCUUUCCAAACCACGUCGUUCACGAGGCAUGAGCGUUUCCACCUUACGAAUGACCUUGACAAAACAAAAGGGCGAAGAACCACCCUCUUUGCACCACAUUUCCAAUGAAACUCUCAUCGACCCACCAUCGUUGCGUCGUAUGUCUUCAUGGAUGUCCAUGGAAGUGACGGAACGCCAAGAUCCAUUGUCGAUCAAGGAGCCUGAGCCUUGGUUUCUCAAGGAACGCGCCUUUUCUGAAGACGAGAUGAUGUAUAAUGGGGAAGGUCAAGUGACCGGGGCUACACUGGAAGCGCUGAUUAUCAAGCUGACAUCCCAUGAAAAGUCACCAGACUUGAUUUUUACACGCGCCUUCUUUUACAACUUUCGUUUAUUUACGGAUCCAUCCACUCUUUUGCAAUUGCUCAUUGAUCGUUUCCGUUUGUCACCUCCUGUGGAACCGGAAUUGACGACGGAAGAAUCGAAACUUUGGACCCAGCGUGUCCUUUUACCCGUUCGUCUGAGAGUCUGCAAUGUACUCAAAAUGUGGCUUGAAGUUUAUUUUUCGUUUGAACAAGAUGCGCACAUUGAACAAACUCUCAUUCACUUUGCUGCCAAUGAAAUGGCGCAGGCCAUGCCAGGUCCAUCCAAACGGAUGCUGGAACUUAUUCGACGCACCUUCUCAUUGCGAAGUCUGGCACCUGCAGGAAGGAAACAUUCUUACACUCAGGAUGUGCGAGCAAUGAUGCAACGAUCUGCCACGGGUUCGCAUGCGUCGAUCUCUUCUGGGUCGUAUAUUUUUUCCUUGUUUGAAGAUCAUCAUUCCACUGAUUCGCUCACAGAACGACAUCCUCAACCCAACAUUAACCGAUCGCUUCGCAAUACGUUACGUAAAGCGUUAAGUCAAAAUGCGCUUUCUCAAGUGAAUGUGAAUGAUUUUGAUCCGCUCGAACUGGCGCGCCAAUUGACCUUGAUGGAAAACUCUUUAUUCUGUCAAAUUGAGCCUUACGAGAUGAUCGGUCAGGAAUUCACGAAACAAGCCGAUUCAAGUCGGUCCAUCCAUGUAAAGGCCAUGAUCCAACGUAGCAAUCAGGUCACUGGAUGGGUCUCUGACAGUGUGUUGCGCGAAAGCGAUCCGAAAAAGCGAGCGCAAGCCAUCAAAUUCUGGAUCAAAGUGGCCGAUCAUUGUCUGCAACUGAGCAAUUACAAUACGUUGAUGGCGAUUCGAUCGGCCCUGGAUUCGACGAGUAUUGCGCGAUUGAAAAAGACAUGGGAUCACAUCUCGGCCAAGUACAAGGCCAUGAUCGAUCCCAUUUACCGUGCUACCGAUUCGCAGCGCAACUUUGCCGAAUACCGCAAUCGACUCAAGAACGCGAUGGCCCCGUGUCUCCCAUUUCUAGGUAUCUACCUCACCGAUAUCACAUUUAUUGACGAUGGCAAUGGCAACUACCGCACGUCGCCCAAUGGUCACCAGUUGAUCAAUUUCGACAAGUACAUCAAAACCACACGGGUAUUGAAUGAAAUAGAUCAGUUCCAAAUUCCUUACAAACUGAUCGAAGUGGAUGAGAUCCAACGCUUCCUCGUGCGGUAUCUGGAAACCAUCGAAACCGAUAAUCUCGUCUACUACACCCGAAGUCUCAAAGUCGAACCGCGAGAAGAAGAAUUCGAUAUCCGCAGUGCCAUCAGUAACUUGUCUUGAAAACAAAAUGCCGUCUCUUUUACCCUUCCUUAUCUCUCUUAGCUCUUAGCCUUUAGCCUGUGUACAUUGUAAUUUCGUGUUUAUGUCCCUUUUUUCCCCCUAUUGUUCGAGUUGUUUUUAUCCUUUUUUCUUCUUUAUCUUUAUCAUUUUUUUUUUUUUUUACAAAAAAGCGUAUAGAACAAGUGUGUAUAAAACUGUAUAGAAAAUUUACCGAUCC